GUUUCAGUUUCCCAAUAUAUCUGAGAUGAAAAGGAAGGUUGUUACUACGAAGGAGGACAGCCGCUCAGAAGUUGUAAAGGUACCUGCUAGCGAGUCACGUGCAGUUAGUUCCUCCAGUGAAAUUCAUGCUUUUGAUUCCUCCGAAAUGGCAUGCGCAAUAGCGAAGGUGCAAUAUCCUGGCCAAUUCCAAUCCACUUGUUCAGUAUUCUCCAAUUUUGGGCUCAAGUGCUCAUUUGCGAAGUUGCCGCCACUAGUGGCGGAUGCACUGGAGCGGUAUAAGCGUAUCCUUGUGCAUACCAACGAGGAAAGAAUCGUGCCGCUUGGUUCUGAUUUAGAAAUGUUGUCGGAAGUCGUCGCGAAAACAGAGGAUGAUGGCGAAUGCAAGUUCGAUGGAUCGAAAGAGCAUGCCGAAGAAGGCAGAAGGAGACAAAUUUUGCACAGAAUUCGCCGAAAACGGUUAUGGCCAAGCGUGUCAACCAGUAAAGAAGUUCCCUUGAAAUUAUGCAAAAGGGAGGACUUCUCAAGCAUUGCGAGUACCUCUAUUACGCAACAGCCAUACAGUGAACCAACCCACAUCAAUGCGAAUGUUUUCGCAGCUUAUUUUCAUGUUUACUACCCAGCAAAAAUAUUGAGUGCGGAUGGUUGCAACGGCUAUAAAGUGGAAUUUCUAGCCGACCAUAUCAUCAAAAAUGUGCCAUUAGAAGCGAUCGCUCCAUUGACCUGGGUAGCAGUAAAUCAGCAGUGUAUGGUCAAUGGCGAAGAAGCAACUAUCACAGCCACACCAGGAAAUUUUGAAAACGGUCUUUUCACAGUAACCUGUCUUCACCAAGAUGAGGGACCAACAACAAAAUUUGUUCGAUGGAAUUCGUUGUCCUUUCCUUUGCGUACAUGGCAUAAAGAGCGCUCUCAGCAAUUGGAAGCAAAGAUUGGCGUCGCUAGACGUAGCCCCGAUCAGGCAAGUAGAUUUGAUCAAAUUUGUGCGAAGCACAAGCGCUCGUGCAGACGAACUAAACCGCUAUUUCCCUCGUUGUCUCAUCAUCAGCACCGCCCACAGCCAAUUCCUAGACAGGGGAGAACGCGAAGAAAGAUCCGUCUUUUUAAGCGAUUCUCUGCGAGAUGGAGACAAGCUCCUCAUGUCGAUGUCUUCUCAGUCAAAGAUGCUACGUUAUUCUACCCUUUAUCGGCUACUUAUCGUGACCCUGAUCCCAUAGGCAGAACUUUUGUUAAUCUGGGAAACUGUAAGCCUCUAAUGGAAGUUUCGGCUAUCCUGAAAUCGUGCCCUGGUAUAAAGAAGUCCUUCAGCUAUUAUCUCGUAACCUUGGCGUCCUACAAGUGGCACUGCCAGUAUCGUGUUCACAGCGCUAGACUGAGCGACAAGUCCCUCAUCAAUCUACAACAAGAUCGCGAAAGAUUGGUGGAGCAGCUGAUAAAGACCAUGGAAAGUCGUGAUCCGCAAGGAUUCAAAGAAGAUUACCCGCAUUGUGCGCAGCGCUUAAACUUCAAGAAGGAAUGGCGGGUGAACUUGCGAAUUUUCGAGGCCAAAAUUAACCGGCUCUUGAAAGCGUUCCACAUUGCUCCCAUUUUUAUAGAAAGCUGGACAAGAAAUCAACCAAUGCCCCUUACUUUUGACUACCUGCCGCGAUGUACUCUGUCAUUUCUUACAAGUCGCGAAAUGCAGAGGGACUGCGCCAAGCUUCGCUGGAAGUUUCCGAUGAGUGGCGGUGGUUGUCGCUGUCCCCAGAACCAAUGUGAAAUUGGAAAGUGCCCUUGUCUGGAAUUCAAGCAGAGAGGAUCUAUUAUGAUGUGUGGACAAGCUUGUGGUUGCAACGACUCUUGUCCGUCGGCGUAUUUGAAGGCUGAAAGGCAAAUCCCUCUUGUUCUUUUCCAUACGCGAUUUAAAGGAUGGGGAGUAUUUGCUCCAGUGGAAAUUCCAGCUGGCACUUUUCUUGGCCUAUACGCCGGUCAUAUCGUCGACUUGGAAAGCGAAAUAAUUCGAGACAACACCUACGUUUUCGACAUGAAUCCUCAAGUUGGUCACAUCCACAGAUAUUCGAUAGAUGGGACCUGGAGCGGUAACAUAUCAAGGUUUUUCAAUCACUCUUGCAUGAAUCCUACAUUAGUAGCCAAAGUGCUCUAUACUCGUGGAAAUUUGGUCAUGCACGACCUUGCUUUCUUCACUACUAGGGUCGUUCACAUAGGUGAAGAACUAACUUUCUGCUACUCGCAGGAGGUAAUGCAGCAGCGCGGAGGAGGAAUCCAAUGCAGGUGCAGGAACGGAUGCAAGUCGAAAAUAUGACUGUGCUGAAUAACGGGUUUUACUACAAGGAAAUGUUGUACAACGUAGUGGAGGAAGUUGUGAAGAAGUUAUGUCGCAGAUAAAGAAGAUUGCAACAUGCUUUUCAUUUACUUUCCCUUUUACCGUGGUUUAACUUCCAAUGUUGAAGCUGGCUCUGAAAAACACUGUCAAUUUUAUCUUACUGUUUUUUUUUUGUAUUAGACCACUGUCUUACUCUACAUAC